AUGAGUCACCACGCUACCGUCCUCAGCCUCGCUGCCGCCCCACUCCUCUCCCUCCACUCCUCGCCCGACCAAGAAUUCCCUGUCCCUGGCUUCCCUUCCAUCACCCUCUGCCGGAACGACUUCGACCGGCCGUUCACCGACCGAUUCCCCACCGGACCACAUUGGGAUUUCAUCCUCGAGUCCGGCCAGGCCAUGGCCGCCAGCUUCGGCAUGAUCGUCAACAGCUUUUACGAUAUGGAAAAGCCCUUCGCCGACCACUUGGCCGCCCGGGAUGGAUUACGGUGCUAUACCGUCGGCCCACUCUGCCUUGCGGGCCCGCCGGGCUCGCGAGGCACACAAAAACCGCGGUGGAUCGAGUGGCUCGACGAAAAAAACCAAACCCCGGUUUUGUACAUCGCGUUCGGGUCGCAAGCCGAGAUAUCCCCGGCCCAACUACGCGAGAUAGCGAACGGGUUGGAGAGUUCGAAUGCGCGGUUCUUAUGGGUCGUGAGGAAGGAUUGUGAUUUGAACGCGAUCGAUGAGAGUUUCGAAGAGAGGGUGAAGGGGAAAGGAAUUAUCGUGAACGAGUGGGUUGAUCAAAGGGAAAUACUCGAGCACCCGGCCGUGCAAGGGUUUUUGAGUCAUUGCGGGUGGAACUCGGUUUUGGAAGGGAUAUGCGCGGAGGUUCCGAUUUUGGCGUGGCCGAUGAUGGCCGAGCAAUAUCUUAACGCAAAGUUUGUUACGGAAGAGAUUGGGAUUGGGUUGAGGGUGAGCACGGUGGACGGGACAAGGAAAGGAUUUGUUGCCGGGGAGAAUUUGAGAAGUGCGGUUGUGGAGCUGAUGGAAGGGGAGAAUGGGAAGAGGAUGAGAGACAAGGUGAAAGAGGUGGCAAAGGAAGCAAGGAAGGCCGUGGCGGAAGAAGGCUCGUCGUGGCUCGAUCUCAACCGUAUGAUCAAGGAGACGUGCAAGCAUGCGAAAGUGAUGAGUAGUUAUGUAGAGUAG